UCCUCUUUUAUGAGCUGGGUACGUGCCGAGGACCUUUUUUGUUUCUUGGUUGUGAAUGGGGUGAGGAAGCUGGUCCUGGAACUGAAGCUUCCUGGAUGUCUAGGUCUCCAUGGAAACAGCAUCUGGGGCCCCCUGAGAGGCGCAGGCGUAGGAUGCUCCAGCCAUCAGAGGGGCUGAGGGCUGGCGUAUUGGGACACUGUGUCCACUCAGGCUUGGAACCAAGCUCUCUUGGAGUACGGAUGGGGACUAAUGUUCUGGCAAAUUGAAGUCUUACAAUGUACAGAGAAAUUUAGCAUUUCAUGGUGGCAGAGAGGACCUCAGCUUUUCAUGGGGAAGGGAGGAGGCAUCUGAACCUGACAGAGGAAAGGCCCAGAUGAAGAAAGGCAGAGAGUCAGAGAGGUGAGGCAGAGGGAUGGGGCCACAGGUGGCUGAAGCAGUGAUUCAGGCACCUGGCUUGGGGCUCGAGGCUUACACAGAGAGUCUGUGUCAGCUGGAGGCGUUGGGGGGGGGGCGCUGGAGUGAGUAGUCAGGGUGACUAGUCAGUCAUCUGAGUGUCCCCAGAACAGCACAGCAAGGUGCCUAUGGGGAAAAGUCCCUCCCACCCCUGUCCCCCACCCUGAAAUCCCAAGGUCACCUUGACACAGACCAAGUUUGCAGAGAAAUGUGAGAAACCCAUGGCACAGGACUCUUGCUGGAGACAAAGUUCUUGAGCAGAGAUGAAAAAGUCCACUGAGCUUGGGUGGGCGGGGGUGCUCUCCUGAGCUGUCCAGCUGACUAUUCAGCUCUUCUCAGCCGGUGCCAGCUGCUGGAAUGGAGUGAAUUCUUUCCUUGGACUCUGCUGAUCUGGCCCAUUAAAAACACUGCCCUGAUUCGCCUGAAUUCUCUCCCUUUGGAUUCUGGGUGUACUGCCAGCCGACGGAGCAGGCAGCUGAAGGGGUGAAGAUUUUUCCUUAAGAUUUUAGCAUUCAGAUUCCAAGGGAGCAUCAUUUACGAUUCAGGAGGAGUUCCUGUGGGCUUGAAGGAACAAUGGCCUUGGGUCUGGUCGUUUUAAGGGAAGAUCUACCUUCCUGGCUGCCCUGGGGGCCUUGUGGACAAUGUGAAGUUAACCCGGGUUACCCUUGACCUGACCCCUCUCUGAUGUAAAGAAUGCAGACCCGUAUGGAUGAUGUAAGCUAGGACCAUCAGCAACAGAGAUUCACUGACAACCCAGCCCAGCUGAAUCCCGGGGAGGGUGUCAGCUAAAUGAAAUAUGUCGACAGGGCCACUCCACAGGGAAAACUGCUCCACCCAGUCUGAACACUUGCUACUUUGAAGACCGGCAUGAAAUACCGCCACUGUUUAUUUUCCUAACAAAUAGUUAGAUGGCGCUACUGUGUGUCAUGAUGUACUAAGUGCUUUACAAAUAUUAACUCAUUUAAUUCUUAUUAAUAUUCUAUGAGGUAGGCUCCAUUAUUAUUCCACUUUUACAAACAAGAAAGCAGAGGUACAGGAGGUUAAGUAACUUGCCCAAGAUCACAUAGUUAGCAGCAGAACCAGAAUUCCAACCUCAAGCAGCUUGGCGCCAGACACUAGGUUCUUAACCUCUCUGCUACACCAUCUCUCAUUAACACAAGAUAAACCCUAAUCCUGAAAUCCAAACCAGUAACUAAAUCCAUCUCUCUAAUAUUCACCUCUGGCCCAAUCCAGGCUUAAAUGGAGAUACUAUCCCUGUGUCCAAUCACAACCAGAACCAAGCUCCAAAUAUAAUCUAAGGCAAAACUGGGAUUAUUUCUCCUCUUCUAAUCCUGACACAUUCCUGUACCCUGAAUGUCAUCUUAAGUUUAACCCUAUUCUUUACUCAAAUAUUAAUACAAAAUUAUUGCUUUAUCAAUAAAUUUAACUCAAGCCCAAAUCCUAACUGUGGCUCUUCAUCUAAUUAACCUCAACCCUGAUACAGAUUAGGAUUCAGUUUCCUCACUGACACAGUCUGACGCUGAUGGCAACUCUUGAUACUGCUCUCGACACUCUCCCUGACCCGCAGCCUGACUCCUACACCCAGGCUUCACGGAGGCCAAACCUCAGGAACCUCAAAUGGAGCAAAGACUCUGUCAGUGCCCUUAAAGCCCAGAGUGCAGAGUGGGUUUGUACCGCUCCUUUCCAAGUGUCUUGUCUUACAUCCCUUGAGACCGAAAGCUUGCUUCUGCAAAGCGUUUGGCUGGAGUGGGGGAUGCGGCCUGUGGUUACAUAACAGAAUCCUGUGCCAGAGCCCGGUUCUCACCCACACCCACCCUGCACCACUGAAUACAUUCCAAAGCCUGGAAGGAGCAGAGAUGUGAGGCAGGGAAAGUAGGGUGCGGAGGAGACCAGGUGAAGGGGUGAGAAGAACAAAGAAGCAAAGAACAGAAAAGGGAUGGGAUGAGAGCAAGGGCAGAGGGCAGAGGGCAGAGGGCAUCACUGGGGCGGCAGUGACUUCCGUUCCUCGACACGGCAGGAAGAAUGGAGUCAUGCGCAUCUCGCUGUAAUGAGAAAUUUAACCGGGACGCUGCCUGCCAGUGUGACCGGCGGUGUCACCGGCACAGGGACUGCUGUGAAGACUAUGAACAUCUGUGUGCUGCUGCAGAGGACCCCAAAGAGCCAGAGCCAUUCCUGGAGCUGGAGGAAGAGGAGGAAGAGGCAGAAGAGGCCCCCUCCAGCCACUUGUACUCGGCACCCACUUCCUGCCAGGGCCGUUGCCGGGAGGCCUUCAACAAGCACCAGCCCUGCCACUGCAACGCCCGCUGCCAAGAGUUUGGGAACUGCUGCGAGGAUUUCGAGAGUCUGUGUGGCAACCACGAGGGCUUCUCCCGUAGCAGUGACGCCAUAACCAAAGAGGAGCUUCAGAGCACCUCUGAGAAGAUCUACAAGGCAGACAUCAACAAAGCCCGGAAGGAAGACAUCAUUCUCAAUAGCCAAAAGUGCAUCUCCCCCUCGGAGACCGGAGACAAGGUGGAUCGCUGCCCAGAGCCACUCUUCACCUAUGUCAACGAGAAGCUGUUAUCCAAGCCCACCUACGCGGCCUUCAUCAACCUCCUCAACAACUACCAGCGGGCGACAGGCCACGGGGAGCACUUCAGUGGCCAGCAGCUGGCCGAGCAGGACACCUUCCUCAAGGAGAUCAUGAAGACGGCAGUCAUGAAGGAGCUCUACAGCUUCCUCCACCACCAGAACCGCUACAGCUCAGAGCAAGAGUUCAUUGAUGACUUGAAGAACAUGUGGUUUGGGCUCUAUUCAAGAAGCAGUGAAGAGGGAGACUCAAGUGGGUUUGAACACGUCUUCUCAGGUGAAGUCAAGAAAGGCAAGGUCAGCGGCUUUCAUAACUGGAUCCGCUUCUACCUGCAGGAGAAAGAGGGCCUCGUUGACUAUUACAGUUACAACUAUGACGGCCCUUGGGAUUCUUACCCCGACGUGCUGGCUAUGCAGUUCAACUGGGACGGCUACUAUAAGGAAGUGGGCGCCGCGUUCAUUGGCAGCAGCCCGGAGUUUGAGUUUGCACUCUACUCCCUGUGCUUCAUCGCCAGGCCGGGCAAAAGGUGCACGUUAAGCCUGGGUGGACAUUCCUUGGCCAUCCAGACCUAUACUUGGGACAAGACCACCUAUGGAAAUGGCAAGAAGUACAUCGCCACAGCCUAUGUGGUGUCUUCUACCCGAUAGAGCCUUGAGCCAGAAAGGGGCAUGAGGGCAGGGCAGUGAGGGCUCUUGCAAGGCCGAGGUGCCAUCUGCUGUGGACUUCAGAGGGGAAAGAGGAGACUGGGAGGGGGUUCCUAAAUCUCAAAUCCAUGAGAGGGAUUCCCAAAUCCCCAAAUGCCCAUAUGGGAAAGAAAAAUGAUAUAAAUCAGAAAAAAUUGCAGAGAAACAGUCAAAUCUUUGUCCUCUAGCAUUUUGGUAACAUAGACUAAGAAACAGAGUCCAGGCAGAGAAGGUGGACUCCUUUGCAAGCUCUUUGCCCUGAUGUGUGGUGGAACCACAAGCAAGUCCUUUGACCUCACUGGGCCUCAUGCUUUCCUUUAAUGUAAAGGGAAGGGGCCUGACCUCUUUCCUCUUUUGGGGGUUGGUGAGAGGGCAAACCUGGUGAUACAAUUACUGUGAAGGUGUUGUCAAUUCUUCUAAGGAAGAACGGCUGAUAGCAAUUCAUUCAAGAUUACUAUAAUGGCUGUUAUUGUACACAGCUCUGCAAACUAAAAUUCAGCCCUGUGUUAGGGGCCUCAAGGAAGUCAGGCCAUAGAAAUCAGGCAGUGGGCCUUUGGACUUUUCUAGAGUUAGAUCCUCUUAGAACAGAGUCUGGGAGAAUCUGACACUGGAGAAGGAUAAUGGGUUGGUGCAGUGAGCAGGCUAGGGGUAGGGUGGCCUUCUCUGGACCUGAGUGAUUUUGAAGCCAGCUCAGUAGCUGCAUCAAGAAGCUUCCCACUUGUGGGCGUUUAGUGCACUUAUAGACUUACGUUUUCAUCCCAAAUAGUUUUUGAAAGAAUUCCCCUCAUAGGAGGAAGAUGUCGUAUCAGAAGAAGUAAGGAGCCUACAGUUUUGUGAAUUAACAUAAUUAUUUUAAGGCCUAUACAGCAGCCAUAAUUUGAAUUAGUCUAGAAUAGGAGACCAGGGAGAUGUGGGUUCCCUAACUCAACCUGUUAUGCAUUUCUCCACGACUCCACUGGAAACCAGAUGUUGUCUCACAGAGCUAGGCGGACUACAGUUUAGAGGGUUUGAGUUUCCAAUUAAAGUCAUUUAAGAAAAUAUGAACUGUGUCUCUUCUUUGUAUAUGGCCCCCCUCAACUGUCUGUCUCCUCCCUGGAGCAGGGCUAGGAGUGAUACUUCUACUUUAGUGUCUUUUAAGAAUCUUGGAGAAUGUGGUAUCUGGGUGAAGUCCCCGAUGACUCCCCAAGGCUCUCUAGCCAAGAGGGGAAGAGAAUUCCUCCUGAUGCACCUGUAAUAUGAGGAGUGGAAGGAGCAUUGCACACAGAUUAUGAGGAGGGGGUGAAUGGAGACUGGUGGCCUCAUCCUUAAUAACCAUUUCCCUUAAUCACAUACACAGGAGUAUAAGGAUGCCUCUGGAUGCAGCUUCUGUGGUCACAGAGGUUGACCAAACUGUGGGAAGAGGGGAUGCUAAAGAGAUACACAAAGAGAUUUCUGACCUGUAAGAAGAUUACUUAAGCCACAAUGCUAGAAAAAUGUCAGGUAUGAAGGGAUAUCUCAGGCUAGUUACCAGAGUGCAGAUAGAUGAAACACGGCCUUGUCCUGCCCUUCCCCAGCAAGACAGGGAGUCAGUGGAGCAUAGUGGUUACAGUACAGGCUCUGAAGUCAUGUUGCCCGGUCACAGUCCCUGGCCAGACUCUGUCAUUUGCUGGCUGAUGAGCCAAUUUCCUCAUCAUUCAAAUGGGGAUAAUAUUACCACUUUUGUGACAUAAGCAAUGUAAAAUAACAUGCUAACCAUUCUUACAAUAAUUAUUGUCUCACUUAUAUAGAUUUCAUUUCACACUAGGAGAGGCAAUUUACCAUCUUUCUUAUCAGUCUUAACCUUCAUCUACUGGUACAUGCAACACUUGUGCUCCUUACAGACCUCUUCAGAGGUCUUCCAGGUAGUCACAUGGGAAACAAAGAGAAAGAGAUGUAGGAGAGAGUUACCCUAUUCUAGCAUCUGGACCUUAGCUUCGCAGGAGGGAGGGGCAGGAACUAACAUUUGUUAAGCUCUUACAAUGUCCCAAGCUGUGCUAAGAAGUCCUUUUGUGUACAUUUUCUCAUUCUGGUAGAUAUUUUUUUUUAAGCUUCUGACUACAUCUUGCAUGAUCUGGUAGGUAUUUUUAUCUUCACCACUUUAAUUUUACCUAGAUAACUGAGGCUCUGAUUAAGCCACAUUUGUAGUAAGCAGCAGAAUCAGGAUUGCAAAAUUCAACCCUUUUCCUUAUGUUGUAGUGAGCCUGGAUUUCUAGCAUUAUCCACUCAUUUAUUCAUU